UGGGGUGAGUGUCCUUCCCUGGCACACAGCGGGAGGAGGCAGCGGCCGGGGGCGUCCUGGGGGGGGGCAGGCCCUGGAAGGGGUUCGCCCCCUUCCCCCCACGGGAGCUGUGUGUGCUGGGGGCGUUAGGAGACGACGCUGGAGGCGGGGGGAAGGAUGGGGAAGGGAAAAUCUAAAUUGCAAUGAUGGAAAGUGGGGGGCGGCCUUCAACUGGCCAACUUAUACUGCUGGCCACCAGUUCGGCUGUCACCGCAAUUCUGUACUCCAUUUACAGGCAGAAAUCUAAAGUUGCUCACAGCCUCAAGGGAGCAAAAAAAGUGAAUCUAGAUCAAGACUUGAAGAACAUUCUUAUGGAAGCACCUGGAAAAUGUGUCCCGUAUGCAGUUAUUGAAGGUGUUGUGCGGUCUGUUAAGGAAACUCUCAACAGCCAAUUUGUGGACAGUUGCAAGGGGGUAGUUCAGAGGCUGACACUACAGGAACAUAAAAUGGUGUGGAAUCGAACAACCCAUAUCUGGAAUGACUGUGAAAAGAUCAUCCACCAGAGAACCAAUGCAACGCCCUUUGACUUGGUGCCGCACGAGGACGGUGCCAACGUCACAGUACGGGUGGUAAAGCCCCUGGAUUCUGCAGAACUCAGCUUGGAGACGGUGUACGAAAAGUUCCAUCCCUCUAUUCAGUCCUUCACGGAUGUGAUUGGCCAUUACAUUAGCGGUGAACGUCCCAAAGGCAUCCAAGAAACUGAAGAGAUGCUGAAGGUUGGCGCAAUGUUAACGGGAGUGGGAGAGUUGGUCCUAGACAACAACACUAUCAAGCUGCAGCCCCCCAAGCAAGGGUUGCAAUAUUAUCUGAGCAGCCUGGAUUUUGACUCCUUGCUGAAGAAGCAAGAAUCAAAUGUCAAACUCUGGAAAAUCCUGACUGUCAUUUUCGGCUUUGCAACCUGCGCCACACUCUUCUUCAUUCUGAGGAAGCAGUACCGGGAGUUUCGGGAAAAGCAGCGCCUGAAACAAAUGCAAGAUGAAUUCAGGCAGACUCAGGAGCAGCUAAGGCAUGACAUGAACACUGAGGGUGGGGACACUGUAAAAAAUGCCUGUGUUGUCUGUCUGAGUAACAUUAAGUCAUGUGUCUUUCUGGAGUGUGGACACGUUUGCUCAUGUGACGAGUGCUACCAGGCACUUCCAGACCCAAAGAAAUGCCCUAUUUGUAGGAAGGCGAUUGCUAGAGUGGUUCCCUUAUACAACAGCUAAACGAUUGUGGCUUUGGAGCAAUUUGCAAAAACAUUUCCCUUUUUAAGGGGUUUUCUCAAGUCCUCCAGCUGGUUGGCCAGUCUGACAACUUGGGCAGGUGCUGUUCCUGGGGGGUGAAAUUUGCUGGGAGAAGAGUGAGUGGGUGAGACUGCCUUGUGAUCCAAAACGCGAAAGUCGAAAUUUUACUGCAGAGGUAGAACUGACGUAAAGGUUAUAACUUAAUCAAAGAACUAGUCCUAAAGGGAGCAAAUCCAGCUAAUGAGUGCAUUGAGUUUCUUUUAGACUGCCCCCAAUAGACUUUGAGGAUGGUUUAUGCAAUCUCCAGAAAUGAAGUUUUUAUUAGGCUGGUGAGCUAAUAUGUUUCUCUUUCUGCACUUCCAAUCCCUUGUGUUUAUUACAGUCAGUAUCUACAUAUCUUUUGAUUUUUGUACUUUGUGUUACUGGUUUAUUGUAACUGGAUCUGCACUCACUGUAGAUUUGGUUUGAUCCCACUUGAUUUCAGUGUCUGAAAUAUCUGGGCUAGAAAAAGCUUUAGUCUGAGAUGGCCUGUAGACUGCAGGUUUAAAGUGAUGCUGUCAAGUAGUUCUAGGGAAAUAUUUUCAUGAAAGACUUUAUUUAAUUAGAGUGAGCAGUUAUGUCCACAUUGUCCUCUCCUUGUUCUCCUACCACCACCACAAAACAUAUGGGGUUGGUUGUUAAACCUUUCUCUGCAGCACUGGAAAUCCAUAUACAACUGCAUCAUGCUAGCACUCAAAAACCAGUCAGUGAAAUUCACCUGUCUGGCUUCAUUGUCCAAGCUUGAGUUGGAUACAAAAAGGAAAGGGCAUCAAUGGUGAAAAGUAAAUUUGACUUAGAUUAUUAAAACUAAACAAAUCUUAAAGUGGGUGGUAGAGCAGGCAAGAAAUUUCCUUUCUCAUGAGUUUUUAUUUUGACAAUGUCCCUUAUUUUAGUAGGUGAGACUGGUAGUGAUGUCAGCUAGGAACUGGAAUGGAGAUGAUGGAUGGGAUUGUUAUUUGGGCUUUUGGAAUCUGACUCUAAAAGUUUCUGUCCAUGAGUUCAGAAUAAAUGUUGCUACUUCCCAGCAAUAGAGCGGUAAGCGAUAAGAGAACAGCACUCCUCUGGAGUCUUGUGUUAUGUUGUAUGUAUUUCUUUUGCUUUCUGUUUGUUCUGACACAUACACAAAUUGGCCAAGCAGCAUCAUGACAAUAGACAGUGUAUGGUUAUAAAGUAAAAUCUUGAGUGGGAUUAGAUUUUUAUUUUUUUAAAUGUACUUUAUAAUGCACCAUUUUGCCUUCUUUCUUUCAUUGAUUUAACGUUCUGAUUUCAUGAGUGGUGGUGAACCACAGAGUGCUGGUCACCCUCAGUACUAUUUCACAACAUUUGUGAAACAAAGGGAUGCAUUGCAUAUUUGUGCAUUGACCACAACAUAAAGCAAAGCUUUGUUGAUACUCCGGUACUCCUCUUUAUUUCAUACCAUGUAUAUAACAAAUAAACAUUUAUCUGCAAAAAGAAA